GCAGACGCCCCCUGUUUGGGUUAGCUAGCUGGUUUAGGGUUUAAAAUGUCUUUGAACAGAAGAAUGAAGAGACAGCAGUUUAGGAAACAGUAGCUAAACACUCAAUGAAGUUUCCAAGGAGGCGAGAGCGUGUGUGUGUCCUGAGAAAGCGUUACGUAGAUCGCCUCGAACAUGAGUAAGAAACCUCCAAACAGGCCUGGAAUUACAUUUGAAGUUGGAGCCAGAGUGGAAGCUCAAGACUAUUUACAGAAAUGGUACCCUUCACGAAUAGAGAAGAUUGACUAUGAUGAAGGGAAAAUGCUUGUCCAUUUUGAUCGCUGGAGCCACAGAUAUGAUGAGUGGAUUUUAUGGGACAGUAACAGGCUACGUCCGCUAGACCGAGCCACGCUGCGUAAAGAGGGGCUGAAAGAAGAGGAAGACGUUACUGAGAGACUCGGUGAGAUGAGAUCAUCUCGCCUGCGUGAGCUUCCUGGAUGUACAGAGAACACAGAGGACCAAAAAGACAUGGCACACCAGAGACAAUUACAGGAAUUGAAAGGUGGUGAAGAAGUUCUUGCCCGAUGGACAGAUUGCCGCUAUUAUCCUGCCAAGAUUGAAAGCAUCAACAAAGAGGGAACCUACACGGUCCAAUUUUAUGAUGGAGUGAUUCGCUGUGUGAAACGAAUCCACAUUAAAUCCAUGCCAGAAGAUGCCAAAGGACAACAGGAUUGGAUUGCCCUCGUGAAGGCAGCCACAGCUGCUGCCAAGAGUAAGGGAGCCUGUAGGCCUCGCACCAGUGCCAACAGCAACAAAGACAGGGAGGACAGAACAGAGCCCAGGCUUGAUGAACUCAAUGAGGAGGAUAACAACGCUGAUUCUGACAGACUAGGCUCUUCUGAUGAGGAAGACUGUAAGCCAUCUUCUGAGGAGCUUGAGAUGGCUAAAAGAAAAAAAAGAAGCAGCAGACAAGGUAGUUUUAGCAGUGUGAAAAAAGCUCGCCACAGCAAAACAGCAGCUUGUGCCAAAAAUGAGAGUGACAGCAGAGAAGAUCUUCCCUUAGCAUCGCAGAGCACUCCAACAGCUGAAACUUGCCCUGGUGAGGAGCCGUCGCAGUCUGCUGUAACACAAAGGCAUCCUGCAUCUGUUCCCAACACACCCCCAGGACCCUCUCGCUCUUGUAGACUAAAGCAUGAUUCUGGAGAAUCGACCAUCAGCAGCUUGAGCACAAGUACAGCUGCAGAGUCUAAACCCUCACCCGGCUCCAUUCACACCCUCUCAGAUGCACACACAGCCACGUCAAACUCGCCUCAAAGGCGCAGAAGAUCUCAGCGUCUGGCAACUUCCUCUGACCCAACCUUCCCACCCUCACCAUCCAGCCGGGAUUCAAACCCCACCACACAACCGACUGACAGCAGUCAGAGAGCAGGUGCUGAUAAUAGUUGCUUGGUGACUGCUGAAUCCUCUUUAAGCAGACCAGUCACAGGUACUCCGCCGUCUUCUGUUCCAUCUCCUGGACCUGCUCAGUCUGCAGUUCCUGACAAAGAAGGAAUGCCUGACGUGUUGCUUGUCAGUCAUACGUUAGUGGCAGAGAGAUUGCCAACUGUUGUAGCAGCUCCUGGUCAGAAAACUGCUUCCAGAACCCAUAAACCCAACAGACAUGCCAGAGAGCCCAUAAUAAAUACCAAGCGAUCCGAUGACCCCAUGUCUCCUAAUGAGUCUCUGGUUGACCUGGACCACAAUAAGUUCAAAUGUCAAAUUCCAGGCUGCUCUAAAGCCUUUCGCAAAGCCAAGCUGCUGGAUUACCAUCUUAAAUAUUACCACAAUAAUGAGAAAGAGCUGGAGAGUGAAAUAUGUUCACCUGAAAGAGGAGGUCGCACCAGGGCCACAUCUACUUCUGUACCCACGAGCAGCCUAGUUGAGAUACCCGACAGCAAAAGGCGCAGGACAGUCUCCACAUCCUCCUCUUUGUCUUCUCAGGGACAGAUGUUACAGCUGGACUGUGCUGGCUCUUGUCUGAAGCCCCCAAAGUUUUGUAGGAAAAAGCAUUCGUCUGCCUCUGUCAGCUCAGACAGCACUGAAGUCUCACUGCCCCCUUUUCCCAGAGAAAAGGCUUACGAGACUUUUAAUGAUAAGAUCUUCAAGAGGGUCACUGAAAAGGACAAACAUCUGGAUCAAGGACUAUGUAUGAAACCUGAAAGGAAAUUCAAAAUAGAAGAGAAAUGCCAGCUUAUCGGGAAAAAGAGGGAUAAAGAACGCAGAGAUAGAAAAGAAAAAGACCCUUUCAAACUCAAACAGAAGAAAAAGAAAAAGAAGAAGAAGAAAUCCAAGCAGUACUGUUACUCUGAUAUGGAAGACACUUCCAUGUCUUACUUGGAGAGAUCCACAUAUUUACUUCAUCGCUCUUCCUCUAGCUCCUUUACUAAACACUCAGCCUUCCAGUUUCCUCGUGCCAUACUGUCAGUCGACCUCACAGGAGAGAACCUAUCUGACAUUGACUUCUUAGAGGACUCCACCACAGAGUCUCUGCUGUUUAGUGGUGAUGAAUACAACCAGGAUCUGGACUCUCUCACAAUGGAGGAUUUCCAGGAUGAGGAAGACGAAUCUGCCAACGAGAUUGUCCGUUGCAUUUGUGAAAUGGAUGAAGAGAAUGGCUUUAUGAUUCAGUGUGAGGAGUGUAUGUGCUGGCAGCAUAGUGUGUGUAUGGGACUGCUUGAGGACAGUAUACCUGAACAGUAUAUUUGCUACAUCUGUAGAGACCCACCAGGACAAAGAUGGAGCGCCAAAUAUCGUCACGAUAAAGACUGGCUGUAUAAGGGUCACAUGUACGGCUUAUCCUUACUUACGGAGAACUACUCACAUCAAAACGCUAAGAAGAUUGUGGCUACCCAUCAGUUACUGGCUGAUGUCUACAGUGUUAAAAAGGUGCUUCAUGGCCUACAGCUCAAGAUGGACAUUUUACAGAAUAAACACAACCCCAGUUUACAUUUGUGGGCUCGUUCUUGGGUAAACUCUGACGAGGACCAACCUAUGGGCGGAGUUCCAGACUGCAUCACGUUUCAGCAGCGAGUCAACCAGAACUUAAAUCCUGAAACCUAUAUUGCCAGUGAGCACAGCUACCAAAAGCCUUCAGGCACGGGCCACCAACACAAACAUGAGCAGGGCUUCCAGGCUGGCUCUCAGACACUGUCAUUUGUACCAAAGGAAGAGGAGGUGAGCAGUGCCAUCUCAUUGUCUGGUUGUGUGAGCGAGAGCAGCUCAGGUCAGGUGGAGCAGGCCAGAAACUGUCUACAAUGGCAGAUGAACCUCCUCACACACAUCGAAGACGUUCAGAACCAGGUGGCUGGCCGCAUGGAUCUCAUUGAGAAAGAGCUAGAUGUGUUGGAGAGCUGGUUGGAUUUCACGGGAGAACUGGAGCCUCCGGAUCCUUUGGCCAGACUGCCUCAGCUUAAAUGGCGAAUGAAACAGCUGCUGAUGGACUUGGGGAAAGUGCAACAGAUGAGCACAAUGUGCUCUGUGUGAGCAUGGUCACAGGUUGGAGGAAAACACUUAAGGGCUGUGCUUGUGGGUGUGUUUGUGAGGACCUUUAGGCCACAAAAGCACAUACUUGCAGAUCCUUAUGCACAGUGCAUGUGAUGAUUCUGUACAAUGGCUUUUUUCCCCUGGUGAGAAUUAAGAGAAUCAUAGGACAAGCAAGACCUGUGUUCCAAAUAAAGAUCUAAACCAUGCAGUGUUCAAGUGCUUACGAUCUCAACAGUGCAUGAAGAAAAGGACAAUGUUCACAUUAUCAGCUUAUGCAGAUCAACAUGGUAUGUUUACUUGCACCACUCGCCAUCAGCAGAGAAUUAAAAUAUCUUUCAAAAAUAAAAAAAAUACAUGAGCAAAGUGGUGUUUUCUUUGUUAUAAAUGUUUUUCAAAAUAAUACUUCACAGAAAGACCCACAGAUUCUGUCAUAACAGAAUAUUUAAAACCGAUUCAUCCUUACAGUUUUUGUUGGUCUCAAAGAAGUUAAAAAAGUAUGGUCCUUAAAUGCUGUGUGUGUUUGUGUUAAGGAAAUGUAUUUGGAAGACUGUGAUGUUUCUCUGCUUUUUUUUUUUUUUUUUUUUUUUAACACUUUUAAGGAUUAAAUUGCUUUAGAAAUACCAGGUACGUAGAAUUUCUUUGAACCAGUUUCCUAAGACCCACACAGGCUAAACUGCCACCGCAUAAUUUUAAGAAUUAAAUAACCUUCAACGCAUGUUUGGAGAUUUCCUGUGGCAGUGUCCACAUUAUUUUAAAAUAAUUAAUUGGUUGUUUGCAGUACUAGUUAGCCUUGAUGAUGUGCUGCUGAGCAAUUCAUUCAAACAAAUAAUUUGGUUCAGGCAGCUAGUCCAGAAUGGGCAUAUACCCUUUUUCAUCUUCUGCUGUUAGAAUCCUAUUAUCCAAGGUUUUGCUUUUGAGAGCUUUUGAGUGUCAUUUUGCCCCCAGUGUAGUAAGCUAGGUUGGAGCUGAAGGUAAAUGCAUUUAACAAUAAAUUACAUUCAAUGUAUAUAAUGCUUCUAUGUACUGUAAAGAACAGAAAAGUAAACGAGGCCUAGCAGGACAAUAUAUACUUGAACAUGUUUGUUUAUUCAACAUUUAUAUUAAUCUGUAUAAAAGUGUCUAGAUCUGAGUUGAUUUUGAUGAGAUACCAGCUGUACAUUAGAGUUUAUUUAAAAUAUUGAUGCAACUAACUUUAUGUAUUCAAUAAAAGAUAUUCUCACUA